GCUGCCGCCGCCCCGCGCCCCCCCCCCCCGAUCGCUGCAGCUCCCCCCUCUCCAGGAGCACCUGCCGGCACGCCCCGCUCCCAGGCGCUGUCGGGGCGCCUCCCCGCGUGUGCACCCUGGAGCACCGGGCCGCGAGCCGCUGCCUCUCCGCUCGGGCCAGGACACCAAGCACUCAAACUACAGCCAGAGACAGACUUGAGUUCAAGGAGGCGGACGAUGCUCUCCCUUUCCCUCUCCCCUUCCCCCUCUCCUCUGCACCUCUGUGGCUUCAGCACCUAUUUGCACAUACAUUUGACAGGAAAGGAUCGAUGGUCUCUCCCAGCUGCUCACGUUGACGCCCCUGGCUGCCCCUCCCCGCUGCAUCUGCCCAGUAACUCUGGCUGGACCACGCAGCCCUUGGGUAACACGGAGCCCCGGAGAUCAUGGCCGAGGAAGACCUCAUCUUCCACUUGGAGGGAGUCGACGGCGGCCGGACCGGCCACAACGGGGAAACUGAUGCAGACAGUGAUGACGAGGAAGGUUUCUUUAUCUGCCCCAUCACCGAGGACCCCAGGGCUCACCCGAAUGCUAAUGCCAAGGCUGAUCUCUACUGCAGCAGCCGAGUGAAAAGUGAGCCCUAUGGCUCCCUCGGGUCCCCUGCCAGUUCCUUCCACUUUAAGGAAGCCUGGAAGCAUGCGAUCGAGAAGGCCAAGCACAUGCCGGACCCCUGGGCUGAGUUCCACCUAGAGGACAUUCCCACAGAAAACGCCAAGCGUCACAGGUACAAUGCUGUGACCGGGGAGUGGCUGGAAGAUGAAGUUCUGAUCAAGAUGGCAGCUCAGCCCUUCGGCCGUGGAGCCAUGCGGGAGUGUUUCCGGACGAAGAAGCUUUCCAACUUCCUGCACACCCAGCAGUGGAAAGGGGCGUCCAACUACGUGGCCAAGCGCUACAUCGAGUCUGUGGACAGGGAUGUGUACUUUGAGGACGUGCGCCUGCAGAUGGAGGCCAAGCUCUGGGGAGAGGAGUACAAUCGGCACAAGCCCCCCAAACAGGUGGACAUCAUGCAAAUGUGCGUGGUGGAGCUGACAGGGAGGCCUGGCCGGCCCCUGUUCCACCUGGAGCACUACAUCGAGGGCAAGUACAUCAAGUACAACUCCAACUCGGGCUUCGUCCGCGACGACAACGUGCGCCUGACCCCACAGGCCUUCAGCCACUUCACGUUUGAGCGCUCCGGCCAUCAGCUGAUCGUGGUGGACAUCCAGGGUGUGGGCGACCUCUACACCGACCCGCAGAUCCACACCGAGACGGGCACUGACUUUGGAGACGGCAACCUGGGUGUCCGGGGCAUGGCCCUCUUCUUCCACUCUCAUGCCUGCAACCGCAUCUGCCAGAGCAUGGGCCUGGCACCCUUCGACCUGUCGCCCAGGGAGAGGGACGCGGUGAACCAGAGCACCGAGCUGCUGCAAUCAGCCAAGACCAUCUUGAGGGGGACCGAGGAAAAGUGUGGGAGCCCCCGCAUCAGGACCCUCUCUGGGAGCCGGCCCCCGCUGCUCGGGCGCCUUUCAGAGACCUCUGGAGAUGAGAACUUGAGUGACGUGACCUUUGACUCUCUGCCUUCCUCCCCGUCUGUGGCCAUCCCCUAUGGCCAGAAGCUGGACCAGCUCCACUGGCCUGCGUUCAACGACCUGGAUAACCUGGCACCCCACGACCAGGAGGACGUGGACAACCACCGGGAUUCUGAGAACAGUGGGGACAGUGGAUACCCCAGUGAGAAGCGGGGUGAGCUCGAUGACCUGGAACCCCGAGAACACGGUCCCUCCAAUGGCCAUCGGAGGUCCGAGUCAGACGAAGACAGCCUGGGCAGCUCGGGGCGGGUCAGCGUGGAGAAGUGGGGCCUCCUCAACGCCUCCCGCCGGCACCUGCCGCGGCCGUCCGCCGUGGGCCUGGAGCUGCAGAGGCUGGACGCUCUGGACCUGGAGAGGAAGAUCGGGAAGUCCAUUCUGGGGAAGGUCCACCUGGCCUUGGUGCGCUACCACGAGGGCGGCCGCUUCUGCCCCAAGGACGAGCCGUGGGACCGCGAGGCGGCCGUCUUCCACCUGGAGCAGGCGGCCGCCCUGGGCGAGCUGGAGGCCAUCGUGGCCCUGGGCCUCAUGUGCGCACAGCUGCCCCACCACCUCCUGGCCGACGUCUCUCUGCAGGAGACGGAAGAGAAUAAGACCAAAGGUUUUGACUACUUACUGAAGGCGGCUGAAGCCGGCGACCGGCAGUCUAUGAUCCUGGUGGCGCGCGCUUUCGACACGGGCCAGAACCUGGGCCCAGACAGGUCCCGGGACUGGCGAGAAGCUCUCCAUUGGUACCACACUGCCCUGGAGACGACCGACUGUGAUGAAGGUGGCGAGUACGACGGGAUGCAAGACGAGCCCCGGCACGCCCUGCUGGCCAGGGAGGCAGCAAUGCUGUCUACUGGGGGCUGCGGGCUGCAGAAAGACGCCCAGAAGUCAGGUGACCUGUACACGCAGGCAGCAGAGGCUGCGAUGGAAGCCAUGAAGGGCCGGCUGGCCAACCAGUACUACCAGAAGGCGGAGGAGGCCUGGGCCCAGAUGGAGGAGUAACUGGCCAGCAGGGCUACUGCCUGCUGGGCCCAAGCCGCAGGCAAGGAGGAGGCAGAAGAAGAAAGACUGAGUUACCGACUGGGUUUGUGGUGGGGGACAGAAUUUUUAUUUUUUCUUUUUGGGUCACACCCGGCAAUGCUCAGGGGUUACUCCUGGCUCUGCCCUCAGGAAUUACUCCUGGCAGUGCUCGGUGGACCAUCUGGGGUGCUGGGGAUCAAACUCAGGUCGCUGUACUAUCGCUCCGGCCUCAGGACUGAAUUUUUUAGUGUGUUUUAAAUUGACUUUUGUAUCUCUCUUCUUUUGUGCUUUUUCGUGACUAUUAUUUUACUCUUGAAAACGUCUUUGCUACCAGCAAAGACACUUCUGCUGUCCUCAAGGACAGUAUUUGGGGGAGAAGGGAAUUGAAAACCCAGGCUAAGGGAAAUCAACGCAUCAUUCUGAGCUUUUGUUUUCAUGAGAUGCAAAAAAAAAAAAAAAAGAGUACUUUCUUGGAUGGAAGAAAAAAAAUCAGGGAUUUUUCUCCCCAUCUUUUCCUCCUGGACUUAAAAUUUUGGGUUCACAGAAUCCUGCUUCCUGAGUUGGGGGAACGUUGUCUAUGUGCUCCCUCGCUCUCUACGUAUUACAAGUGCAAAGUCAGUUUCCGGGGGCCUUGGGGAGGAAGGUUGCUCGACAUCUUUCUCCAUGGAGUGGACAAUACUCUGGAGAAUGUUCCCCAACCUUCCAGACGUCACAGUGGCCAACUUCUGUGCUGAAGCAGCGCCCUCGCAGACUUGGUUUCCGGUUGCACACGGCUCCUACCUCCUAUCCCACCAGCAUCCAUGCAUAAUGGAUCCCCUCUCCAAACGCGACUGUGUCUGAGGACAGUGGCUUGGCAUCUUGGCUCCUGGCUCCCAAGCGAUGGCUCGGAUUCCACGGUGACUGAAGGGACACUUGCUCAACAGUUCUGUUCUCUCAGCAUCUGCUGUUCUCACAGAGCGCCUCGCCCCCAGUCUUGCCUCUCUCAGCUUAAAGCCGGGCAGAAUUUCUCAUCCUCUGUCGCAGGAUGCAUGCAGCUGCUGGCCCAGGAGAUUUAGGUAAACACAGUGGGUAGGGCGUUUGCCUUGCACGCGGCCGACCCCGGUUCAAUUCCUCUGUCCCUCUCGGAGAGCCCGGCAAGUUACCGAGAGUAUCCCGCCCGCAUGGCAGAGCCUGGCAAGCUCCCCGUGGCGUAUUCAAUAUGCCAAAAGCAGUAACAACAAGUCUCACAAUGGAGACGUUACUGGUGCCCGCUCGAGCAAAUCGAUGAACAACAGGAUGACAGUGCUGCAGUGCUAUAGUUGUCAAGUCAGAGGGCAAGAACAAUCAGCACUCAUUAAUUUCAGGAGUUUCCCCCAGGGUUAUGGUUAUUUGUUUGUAAUGAGCUUUCCCUUAAAAGAAUGUUAGACGGGUUGUUAUUGUAUGAUUUUAGGUGCUGUUUUAGUUUGCUGCAGUUACAGUCUGCUUUGAUCACCCCCUGUACACACCCCAGAAGUCUCCGCUUUUUUGGGGUUUUGGGGUCACACCCGGCAAUGUUCAGGGGUUCCUCCUGACUUUGCACUGAGGAAUUCCUCCUGGCAGUGUUUGGGAGGCCAUAUGGGGGGGUGCCAGAGAUUGAGCCCAGGUCAGUCGCAUGCAAGGCAAGCGCCGUAUCCACUGACUAUUGCUCUGCCCCGUAGCCGUCUUCCCUUUAAAAACAGAAAAGUCAAAACAGUCCAAAGAAGAUGUUAUCUGGGCCGUCAGUGUUAAGCCCUGUGGAGUUAUGAACCUGGAUAAACAUCAGGUUCCAAAGUUCAGCAUGCGCCCUGGAAAGAAAACCAAGUUGACUCAAAACUACCCUUGAAAAAUUCUUUAGAUUGCCUGAAUUGCAAAAUAUCCCUUGAGAUUUCUGGACACAUUACAGCUACUUUCCUUAAGGUGCUGGAGCCAUCCUUGUGGGCACCAAAUCAAGUACGUGGCUGCCAUGAUGAUCUCUGUGUUUGAAACCAGUGCAAAUAGCCAAGUCACGUAUUGAAUGUAAGUUAGGAACAACUCCAUGGCCACAGUCCUUUCGAAGGAUCAAGCCUCCUACAGUCCCUACCUAGGCAAGGGUUAUUCAGUCAGCCUCCUCUCUCUCUCUCUCUCUCUCUCUCUCUGAGACUUUAUUAUGCAAAUCAUUUGCUACUGGAUCACCCCUGAUUUCUUUCAUAUAUGUCAGAGCUGUGAUUUCACACAAGGAUGACAAACUUUUCUGCUCAGGUGUUCUUUCUUUUCUUUCUUUUUUUUUUUUUUUCUUUUCUUUUCUUUUGGAGCCACACUCAGGGAUGCUCAGGGGUUACUCCUGGCCGUGCUCAAGGAAUGCCAGGGAUUAAACCCAGGUCGGGUGAGUGCAAGGCAAACACCCUCCCUGCUGGACUAUGGCUCGAGCCCAUGGGCAGACUUUUGUAAAGGGCCUGAUAGUAAAUAUUUUAGGCUUUGUGGCACCGUUCAGCAGGGGCAGUGCAGCACCUGCUGGCAGUCCAGAGAGGAAUGGGGUUGGUGAUCAAAUAGAGCUUUGUUGCUGAAGGAGGCUCAAAACCUAAAAAUCAACUAGCAAGAAAGACAAAUGCCCUGCCUGGGCUCAAGUGUGCCGACCCCGCUGUCCAAUCCUUGAAUGUGGGCUACUACAUAAGGUCCUAGAGGCAAGAAUGGGCUCCCAUUGGGGCCAGAGUGAUCAAAGAGCGGGUUGGGCAUUUGUCUUGCACACUGCUGACCCGGGGUUUGGUCCCCAGCAUCCCAUGUGGUCCCUCCAGCACUGAAAGUUACCCCUCCCCACCCCCCUACCCCCGCACUGCCAGGAGUGAUUCCUGAAUGCAGAGCCAGGAGUAAUCCCUGAGCAUUACCAGGUGUGACCCAAAAAAAGAAAAAAAAAAGAAAAUGAUAAAGAAUGGUCUCUGAGUGAUCUGAGAGGUGAGCAUCUCUCAGAUGCUUAAAAGCAUAGUGCCUGGGCCCAGGGUGGGCUGGGUCAGCUUGUAGACAAACAGAAAGGGACCCCCCACUGUCUGUGGAUUCCACCUGCCAGUGCAAGAGCCCUUGUCUGUAUUGGCCUGAGCUGCCACUGCUGCAGUUCCACCCACCCACGUGGCCUUUACGUCCGCGGGCCACCACCCUCUCCUCCAGGAGGCCCGGAGGCCUGCACGGAGCUAAGCAAGUGCUUCUUUCAGGGCCCCCGAGAGUAAAGGGGGUUCAGGAUGUUGAGAUCUUUUUCUCAAUGAGCAGAACUAAUUCCCUUGACCAAUUUGAGUUGUGAGCGGGGCACCUUCUUUUUUUUUUUUUUGCUUUUUGGGUCACACCCGGCACGAUGCACAGGGGUCACUCCUGGCUCAUGCACUCAGGAAUUACUCCUGGUGGUGCUCAGGGGACCAUAUGGGAUGCUGGGAAUCGAACCUGGGUCAGCCUCGUACGAGGUAAAUGCCCUACCCGCUGUGCUAUCACCCCAGCCCCAGCAGGGCACCUUCUUAUCCCUCAAAUGCUGGACACACGGAGCAAACAAACAAACAAAAAAAACAUCCCAGGACAUUCCCCCAAGUGUAAGAAGCUGGCGCGGGUUCAAGAGACAGCAGAGAGGAGGUCAUCUAUCAGAGAUGAAGGGACCAGGGCCCUGCAGGUAGACACUACCCCCUCUUCCCCCGCCUGGAGCCCCAUAUUGAAGACUGAUGUUCUAGAAGAUUCUGGGACAGUGGUUUAAAGUUAAACUGGAGGAGGAAAGGGGGAUUAGGGGCUAAAGAGACAGUUUAGCGGGGAAGGAACUUGCCUUGCAGCAGUCAACCCAAGUUCGAUCCCCAGCAUCUCAUCUGGUCUCCAGAGCACCGCCAGGAGUAAUUCCUGAGUGCAGAGCCAGAAGUAACCCCUGAGCAUUGCCAGGUGUGGCCUCCCCCAAAAACAAACCAAACCAAACAACAAUAAUCUGGAGGUUAGUGUUCCUUUCUGUUUGGCUACAGGCAGAGAAACACAAAGCAGUUUUCCCAGAGAGUAAUAGUACCCUAACCAGUUCUCAGCCUUUUCCUGCCCUCUUCACACCUUGUUUCCUUUCUGUCACAUUUCUGGCCUACCUUUUGGCCCCAAAUCUCAUGCUCUGUCCCCCCCCAACUCCCCUGUAUUUAUGUCAUUCACCUGUGGCCCCCUUAGGAUGUCCUGGGAGCCCACAGGAGGCCAUAAUGUUGCCCUAAACCCCAACUCACCCGAGGUCCUGCAGGAAUGAAUCAAGCCAAGCUAAACCCUCACAUUUUAGCAACUUCUUUUUCCUUCUAUGCCUGCAUUUCGGUCUACACUUUGACACAUCAAUAAAUGUUUACAGGAAUCGAUACAGCUUGGGAGAGGGAGAGGGGAUCAAAUAUGCAUAUUCUCACGUGGAUUUGUACCUCAUCCCUGGGUUUCUAGCCUUCGAGGCAACCAUUUAGUCCAGAUCAAUUAGACACUGGGUGGACCCCAGGGAAGCACCCCACCAAUUUGCCUUACAGUUUUAUUUUUGCAUAUGUAUGCGUUUCAUUUGUCCUUCCAAAUAAAGUGGUUUUGUUC